CGGCGGCGCUUGCUCCCUGGCUGGCUCCUCUCUCUCCCUCUCAGUCGGCCGCUGCUGCCUGCCUGUCGCCGGGGCUGGGAGAGCCUGAGAGAGCGUGUGUGUGUGUUAUGUGAGUGACGCGGCGGAGGUGUAGUUUGACGCGGUGUGUUACGUGGGGGAGAGAAUAAAACUGCGGCGAGAGCCUAGGCGCGAACGAAAGCAGUGACGGAGCAGCCUGUAGCCGAUAACUAAAUGACCAUGGAAUCUGGUGCAGAGAACCAACAGAGUGGAGAUGCAGCUGUUACAGAGGCAGAAAAUCAACAGAUGACUGUACAGGCACAACCACAAAUUGCAACAUUGGCCCAGGUAUCUAUGCCAGCAGCUCAUGCAACAUCUUCCGCGCCCACUGUGACCUUAGUGCAACUGCCUAACGGGCAGACAGUUCAAGUCCAUGGUGUUAUUCAAGCUGCCCAGCCAUCAGUUAUUCAGUCUCCACAAGUCCAGACAGUUCAGAUCUCCACUAUUGCAGAAAGUGAAGAUUCACAGGAAUCUGUGGACAGUGUCACAGACUCCCAGAAACGAAGGGAAAUUCUUUCUAGGCGACCUUCUUACAGGAAAAUAUUGAAUGAUUUGUCCUCAGAUGCCCCAGGAGUGCCAAGAAUUGAAGAAGAAAAAUCUGAAGAGGAAGCAACAGCACCUGCUAUUACUACUGUCACAGUGCCAACUCCAAUUUAUCAAACAAGCAGUGGGCAAUAUAGGACUGGUGUUGCUGAUAUCCAUCAUCAAUAUGGCAAUGCUGUGCAUGCAGUUGCUAUCACCCAGGGAGGUGCAAUCCAGUUAGCAAACAAUGGCACGGAUGGAGUCCAGGGCCUGCAGACUCUAACCAUGACCAAUGCAGCUGCAACCCAGCCUGGUACCACCAUUUUACAGUAUGCACAGACUACUGAUGGACAACAGAUUCUGGUACCCAGCAACCAAGUAGUGGUACAAGCUGCUUCAGGAGAUGUUCAGACCUACCAAAUUCGCACAGCACCCACAAGCACCAUUGCACCUGGUGUUGUCAUGGCAUCUUCCCCAGCUCUUCCCACCCAACCAGCAGAAGAAGCAGCACGGAAAAGAGAAGUCCGUCUAAUGAAGAACAGGGAAGCAGCACGUGAGUGCCGCAGGAAGAAAAAAGAAUAUGUCAAAUGUCUAGAAAACAGAGUAGCUGUGCUUGAAAACCAAAACAAGACAUUGAUUGAAGAACUAAAAGCACUUAAGGACCUUUAUUGUCACAAAUCGGAUUAAUUUUAGUUCCCCAUUUUUGGUUUGUUAAUGGGGAGAAAAGACUGGUUUGGUGACCGCCAAACAAACAAAAUGAACUUUUUAUUUUCUAAGCAUUUCUUUUUUUCUUUUUUCUACAUACACAACUGUCUGAAAACAACUAUGGAAUAUGAUUCAUCUGUGCUUGGCAUUAAACUGUGAAUGUUGAACACCUGCCUUCACUUCUUCCCCUCCUGAAAUCGAUUUCAUCACAGUACACCCUGAUUCUGAAGAAAAAGAACAAACGUCCUCUUCAAGAAAUAAUAAUCUUCAUUUGUGAAGUUAACUGGAGAUGGGGGUUUCUUACAAUAAUAUCAAGAGUCAGCGUAAGCUCAUCUGAAUGCCUUAGCGAGAGUCACCCAGGACUUUUGCCCUGAAGUACUCAAUGGGCCACGUAUAUAACCAAGGUAUGAUGCGUUGAGGCGGCUGUGGUUGCCAAAUUAUUGCAUAAUUUCAAAUAUAUGUUAGCAAUUGUAGAGUUUCAGCUAUAUGGUGGGAUGAUGCCAAAGGAGAUGUAUUUCAGGUAUACAGCCAUAGAGGAAUAGGAGUGAACUGAAGAAAUUAAGGAGGAGUCAGGUUGGACAGUUAUGAACACAAUCCAUUUUUUUGUACAACAAAAACAGUUUCACUUAUUUUCUGUAACGUAGUAAGUUUCAUGUAGUCCGACUUCUGAAUUCAAAUGAAAACGAUCACCUUUCGUACUUGGUUGGGAUAUGAAGUGGCAGGAAGCAGUAGUGUAGUAUAUGUUUAAGAUGGGAACAAAGUAGUACAUUCACUACUUUUUCAUUCUGCUGUAUCCAAAAGCAAAAUUAUCCAAGGUAACAAUUAGAAGUAUAGUUAGCAUUAUACCCACUUUGGUUAAAGAAAAAAAAACUUACAACUGCCCUAAUUAUAUUAUGCAAGUAAUAAUUCUGAAACUUUACCUCUUUCAAGAUUUUUAACAUUUCUGUUUUGCUUAAAAUCUCCUUUGAUAUAAUAACCUUUAAAAGGAGUAAAUUCAUUCUCUGUUGCAUCAUCUGCAUCUGUAGUGUGGAUAUGAUAAAGAAUUUUUUUUGCUAAAAUUCUAUUGUAUAUUCAGAUGCUGUUACAUUGAUCCAGUGGACACAUUUAUCGAACACAUUUAAUGUUGUCUACAAUGUGUUUAAGCCGACUGAUGCGAAUAGGACUCCAUGUAACUUAAGGUUUUAAUUAUAUACACAUAAAAUUGCCAUAUGCAAAGAUUUUAAUCACAUUUUGCAGGAGCAAAUGUAAGAAUUUGCAGCCAUGAGCACAGCAAAUCUUUUGAAAUCAUUAGAGUUUAUUCAGUCAAAAAGUAUAUCCUGGAGUUGAGGUUGGCAUUAGAGUUAGAAUGGGAUCUCAUGGAGAAAAAUGUCUAAUCCCAAUCAUUAUUUCAAUGUACAUUUAUACAAGCUAUUAAAAUGAACUUACUUAGGCGGUAGCUGUUCUGAAAGAUGAAAUACCAGGGUAUAUUGGGGAGAGUUUAUCAGGUACAUUUAACAUUGUGACAAUAUUUAGGGACUAAAUCAUUUUUAAAAGCAUUUUUUCCAUGAAAAUAAAAAAUAAUAUUUUUUAUAGAGGGACAAAUAAACUUAAAAAUGAACUUUGUUUAUGUGGUAAGUUGAAACCAAUUCUAGAUUUAGAAAAGAUAAAUUUUCCACUCUCCUUUUAAUUUGUUAGGCAAACGUGCACAUCCUCCUACUGGCAUAGAAAUAGACACCUGAGUAUUUGUGUAAUAUAUUUAUAUAUGGAUUGUGAUCUUUCAUAAAUUGGAUGAGAUGGAAUAGAAGCAUAUAAUAAUUAAGUGCUGCUAUUCUGAAAACUUCAUUCUCCCUUAUCUAAAAAACAAUGAUUCUAGCAAAGAUUUGGGAGUAUAUGUUAUAGAGAGCUGAAAUCUACAAUUUAUAGCUACAUUGUGAAGUUUGUCCCCCUGUCCCUGAAAAUAUGGUAGAAUCAUGAACUCAGUGAUUUUGCAGAAGUCAUUCUUGUAACACUGCUGUCAUGGUAUGUGGUAUUUUUUUGUUUGGAUAAUUUUGAAAAAUCGUCUUGUGAAGCUGGCUGUUUUGAGGUCACAUAAAUGGGUUAACUUGUAUAAAAAUUAUGCAAUAAUCUAAGAUUUGUUUUAAAGAGUUAAGUAUUGGAAAAGCGACCACCAUAACUCUCCCCACUAUUUUGACAUCAUUGGUAAUUAUUGAGUUUGAUUGUAUUUCAGCAGACAAGCCACCAGCGGGAUGGGUUAUUUGGGGGCUAGAUAAUAGCCUUUACAGCUUUUAAGUGUUCUGUGAAAGAGGCUAAGCCUAGAUCACUUGUAGUAUCACAGGAUCUAUUGUACUGGUUCUAUAGUAAAUAUAGAAUUUACAUUCUGAGAUUUUUCACCAGCAAUAAGACAACAUUUCAGCCCAUUUUAUUUAUCCUGUACAAAGUUACUUAGGCAUCUGGCAUUCCAUAUGUAAUUUGAAUUAUGUUUUAAUUAUCCCAAGUAUAGAGCAGGUUGGUUCCAAAAUGUGCUUUGCAAGUAACAGCCAAAACAAACAGAAGAUAGUGCUGAAAAACCAACCGUCAGUUUGUAUAUUGCUAAUUUAUUGAGUUAAUAAAUUUAUUGAAUAGUUACUCUCUAUUGUACACUUGGCCCCUUUGCUGCAUAACAGAAAUUUUGUUGAGUUUGUUGACAGGUUUAACUAAAACAACUGGCAUAGAAAGGGCUAGCUCCAUUAUAGUCAUCGUACAUAAGAAUUGAUUUGAAGUACAGUUUCUAUAUUUUACAAAAGAAAAAGCAUUAUUCAGGCAGUACAAAUAUUGCCUGAGGUGCUCUUCUAAAAGAUAUUCUUGGAAAGGUUUAUGUAUGUACAUAUAUAAAAUAUAUAUACACAGUAUAUAAUCUAUAGCUCUGAGAGCUUUUAAGUCAGGAAUGCUGAAUAUUAUAGUAUAUUGAGGUCAGGAAAAAAAAUAGUCUGUAUGUGUGCAGAGACAUGCUUAUUGUUUCUUCUCUCUUUGACCCCCCACCCCAAAUAUUUUGAGCUCUAUUAUUCUGGCGCUUAUUGAUACAUUGUACUGUUGUUUGCUUACCCAUUUUCAGUUACUUUAUUUCACUGCAGUUUCUGUUUGUUACAAUGGUGAACUAUGAAGUGAUCACAACUGUCUAAAGCUCCUCUUGUUCCCAAGUUCUUCACUUUGUGCUUUGUCUGUUGGGCAGCUAUUCGUUUUAGGCAAGAACAAUUGGAAAACAUUUGGGUGAUAUGGAGGGAACAAAAGAGAAAAGGGGUUUCUCAGUACUUUAUUUGUGUAAUUUUACUCUACACUUGAGCAACUGAAAAAAGCAUUGUAACUUGAAUUUGAAAGCACACUUCUGCUCAGAUAAGUUUGGUCACUGUACAGUACGUCUGUUCGGGAAUCUACAGUGUUCUGUAAAACUAAACAAGAGUAAAAUUACGUAAUGACUGCUAUAUAAUAUAAAGACAGCUUUCAGCAUAAUUGUAACUAAGAACUAAAAUACAUGAUCAGCAAAUACAUAUGUUUAUUGUGGACAUGUACCAUUUGAAAUGCUUCUGGGAUGGAUGUUUGCUCACAUACAUUAAAAUUAGCACGUUAAAUGAGAAAGACGCUUUCUACUUCUGACAUCUUAGUUUUAAUGUGUGGGGAUAUUGUCUGCAGAUGUUCAGUUUUCCACUUGUAGCCUGAAGAGGAAUGGCUCAGCAGCAGAUACAUCUCAGUGUAUUAAUGUGACUUUAAUGUGCUCCUGCUUAUGGCGGUCUUAAUAUCUGUAUGCUUGGAUCUCAUUACUCAGUGGACUCCCACAAUAAUCCUAAAGAGACAGUUGUUUUUCAGAGGCAUCUGCACAAGGCAAUACCAAAGAUUUUGAUCUCAAGUUAGGGAGAUUCCAAUAAGAGAGGCUAAUAUUUAAUUGUAAAAAUAUUUGAAAGAGAAAGGAAUCCUGUAUUUUACCUAGGGAAUGAGCAAUAUAACUAGAUUUUUUUUUAAGCACAAUAUUUCCCAGUGCCAACUGAGUGGAGAUUGUAUUAGUUAUCUGUAGUGUUUCUAACAUAAAUCAGAUUUCUUAUGUUGUAUAAAUCCAUGUUUGCAGAUGUUACGCUUAUCAAUACAUGUACAAGACACUGAGCACCCAAAGAGUUCUGAACACUUUGAGAAAGCACAGCCAGCUUUGGACUGUUAAAUAAAUAAAUGGUGCUGAAACUUUAGCAGUCUACAGUUUUGUAAUAACAAGUUUCAUUUUGAACGUAGUAUGAACAUGGUCAAUAAUUAGAAUUGAAUUCUAAAUAUUGCAGCCUCAAGUAUAAUUUUUAAAAAAUGUAACUGAAGCCCAAAACAAGCAGGCACACAUCUAAGUACAAGUACAUUUUGGUAUUGCAGGUACAGGUUCCUAUUGGCCAUUUCAAGCCUUUUAAAAAUUUGUCUCCACAGUUAGGAAUUCUUGGGGUUCGUUCAGGAUUAUUAUGAAUAAUUAUACCUUGUUUACCUCUGCAAGAACGUCAUACAUCUUUUUGCACCCACUUGCCCACUUUCUCAGGGUUACUGUAUAUUUUAACAUUGCUACUUUGUAGCGAUGUUAUAUAUCAUUUAUUUCUGCAACUAUAGAGUAUGUGUCAGGAAUGUCAACAGGUUAUCUCAGCACAAUGUUUCAGAGUACAUGGCUGAAAAAACAAAUCUCAAGGCCUUUUGGAAUUGCAGUGCAUUCUCAGUGGGAGCAUCUUAAUUUUGCAUAUGCACAGAACACAACUGAGCUGUGUUUACAUGUGUUUUUUUUUUUAACCCCACAGUGAGCCCAGGGCAUUUCAACACUCUUAUGUAUCUGUGGAGUCUCUCAUUUGAAUGCUAUCUCUUAAUUGACCUGUUGAUCAUGUAGCAAAUCAAACAUUGGUGCAUGCCUGUUUCCAAACAAGUAUUUGCUGUACCUUGGGAAAGUAUUGUAUCACCUUAUUACCUGAGCCUCAGACUUAUCCAGAUAAUGUUACUGACAUUCUGAAAAACAGGAUUCAAGAAUAAAACAAGUUGGUUGUAGUCAAAAAAUUCGUAACAAAAACUAAGAGUUUCAAAAUGCUUUCUGUAAGUUGUACUUCAUCCAGGUGCCACUCCAUUUUUGGGUCAUGGGGUUGGUUAUUUGUGAAACAAUAAAUGAAAUGUUAGACCUUUAAUUCCAUUUAAGAGUUUACUAUUCACAUAUGUUUCAUGUUCUGGUUUGAGGAGCAGUAAGGAAUGGGGAAGAAAGUUGUGCAACUUCUGAUCAAUUUAUUCUUCUUGUGUUUGGAUCUCAACUUCACAUGAAUGUGAACUUCCUUUAGAAUAUUGUGGGAGCAGGGACAGCUGUGCUAGUUUUAUUUAAUAAAAUUUAUCCUCCCUGUAACUGAUUCUUUAUCCAAAACAAUCAGCACAAAAACAGGGUACCAAACUUUUAAAAUGUUUUUAUUACAAAUUAAAUUACUAGGCAGAGAAAUAUGAACUAGGAUUAAGUUAAAUUGAGAAUUCCUUAUUAUUUUGAAAUAUCCCAGUUUUAAUUUUGUAAUUUAUCCAGUUGUAUUUCAUUUUUUUUUGAUGUACUGAGUUAUACUGAAUUUUAUUAACAUUAUGUACAUACUAACGGCUUUGUGUUUCAGAUGCUAGUAAUUGCUUUGUAUAUUAAAGUGAUCUUUGUGAAUUUGUGAAAUACUGUCAUAAAAGUGCUUUUUUCUUACUGUAAAGUUUGUGGUAUAAACUGUCAUAAAACCCUUUUUACACAUCUAUGUGCAGAUACAUAAAUAUGCUUUUAAAAUCUU